AUGGUCUUCAGCAAUGGUGAUUCAAGCUCGAUGACACCGCCACCCAGGGUGAACAAUUACGCCGACCCUUCAAUGGCAGCCGAGAUGCGGUUCUCCAUCAAGGGAAAUGCGGUCGUCACUGGAGGGGCAGGGACGCUGGGGCUUACGUCCUGCGAGGCCCUUCUUGACCACGGCCUGCAAGGCCUAAUGAUACUCGACACCAACGUGGUUAGCUGUCAAGAGGACAUCUCGCGACUCCGCGCCAGGUUCCCCGAGGCUAAGAUCAGUGCCACAGCCGUCGAUGUCACGGAUGAGGCGGCCGUCAACAAAGCCAUGGAGCAGACCGCCCAAGACCUCGGCUCCGUCGAUCACGUCGUGUGUUUUGUCGGCGUCGUCGGCUGCAUAGAAACACUCGACAUGCCUGUAUCUCAGUGGAGAAGGAUCAUCGACAUCAACACCACGGGGUGCUUCAUAUGUGCGCAAGCAGGGGCGCGCCAAAUGGUCAAGAAUGGCAAGCGCGGCUGCUCCAUCACGUUUGUCGCCUCCAUCUCGGCGCACCGAGUCAACUUUCCUCAGCCGCAGGCCGCAUACAAUGUCAGCAAGGCAGCUCUUCUUAUGCUCAAGAGCUGCUUGGCCGCGGAAUGGGCGCGAUACGGCAUUCGCACUAAUAGUGUUAGCCCAGGCUACAUGGAUACGAUCCUCAACGAAGGAGAUGGAAUUGCACACCAUCGUCAGGUAUGGGCAGACAGAAAUCCAACGGGACGGAUGGGAUCGCCGUCGGAGCUGACGGGCACAAUUGUGCUGCUGACAAGUGAUGCGGGUUCAUACGUCAAUGGGGCGGAUAUUGUCGUGGAUGGUGGCGGCAUCGUUCUGUAA